AUGAAGGCAUUGCUUGUGGUUUGUUUGACCACGGUUGCCUACGCGGGCAAUCUCGGUGGUGGUGGAGGUGGCGGCGGCGGCGGCAGAGGUGGAGGUGGUUGGCAACAGGGAGGUGGAAGUGGAGGUGGUUGGCAACAGGGAGGAGGAGCUGGAGGCGGCUGGCAGCAGGGAGGGGGUAACUUGGGCUGGACCCAGACCCCGACCAGUGGGGGCUGGCAACAGGUGCAGAAAGGUGGCGGGGGCUGGAUACAGGGAGGCGGUGGCGGCGGCGGCGGAUGGCAACAGGGGGGCAGUGCCAGUGGUGGGGGCUGGCAACCAGAGAGCGGAACCGCCAAAGGCUGGCAGCAAGGAGCAGGAAGCGAUGCCGGGGGCAAGAAAAUCUUCAUCAUAAAAGCUGUCAGUGCUGGCACUGCUGACAUUCAAUUCAAAGGGGGGAACAGCGGUGGAGGAUACAGUGGUCAUCAUGGGAGCGGAGGAUAUACUGCAGGAGGCCACGGAGGUCAUGGAGGAUUCGGCUCCGGUGUGUCAUCGGGCGGAUGGGCAUCGAGUGGAGGGUCAUCCUUCGGGAGCGGCGGUGGUGGUGGCGGCGGCGGCUACACAGCAGACUCCGGGAAGUCUCAUAUUUUCAUCGUCAAAACAAAACCAGCAACGAGUUCGGAGGCGCAUCACGUCGGAGGCUUCGGCGGUGGCGGACAUCACGGGGGGAGUUAUGGGACGAACAGCCAUCACCGGACAAGUUACGGCGGAGGCGCCCACCACGGGGCAAGCUAUGGCGUGAGCGGACACCACGGCGGAGAUGGACACCACGGAGGUGGCGACAAGCAUCAUGGAGGGCAAACUUCGUCCGGAAUUCAUAAUUUCGGCGGCAGCCCGGUCAAAGUGAUCAUCGUCAAAGCAGUCGAGGGUACUGCCUCGAGCAGUCACGGUGGCUCCAACAGUGGUUGGCAGCAGGGUGCAGCAGCUGACGGAGGUUGGCAACAACAAGCAACCCGUUCGGGAGGGGGUUGGCAACAGAGUGGUUCUGGCUGGCAGCAAAGCACAUCGGGCUGGCAGCAGCAACAAGGAACAACAGGAGGCUCUGGAUGGCAGCAAGGUAGUUCAGGAGGACGAGGAGGAGGCGGUUGGUAA